AAGCCGUGCAAGCUUGUAUCUCCACACCACACCCUCACUUUUCUCAUAUAUUUCAGUCCUCACAGUACUCAACUUGCAAUGAAGAUUGCAUUGCUUGCUCUGUUUUUCCUUCUCUUUGCUUUCUCCACACAAUACCUAACCCUCGCUGCAGAAGAAGUGCUUGACACCGACGGCAAUGCUCUUGUGCCUGGUAAGUCAUACUACAUUGUCAAUGCCUCAGACCAUAACCGUGGAAUCGAGACUGAAUUGAUCGAUGGCCAAACCUGCCCGAUCUCGGUGAUCUUCGGCUUAGAUGCUAAGAAGGUGAAUUUUAUUACGAAAAACCCGGAUGCCACAAGCAUCAAGACCGGAGUAGACGUGUAUAUCAAUUUCACUCAGGUUUCUCCAUGUGCUAAAUCAGCGAACUGGACUGUUGCAGUUAAUGGUAGCAAAGUUUACCCUGUGCUGAUUGGUCCACCUAAUGGUGUUACAACGAUUGAAGGAGAAUUCCGCAUUAAGAAAUCUAAGACUAGUGGUGUAUAUAAUAUUGUCUUCCAUCUUUUUGGAACAGAUAAUUAUUACUUUGGGACCAAGCCCUCCGGACUAAAUGAAGACAUUUAUCUUUUGGAGCUAUGUGAAGAGGAAGGAUUCGAUGUCCAGUUCAUCGCUUAUGAAACACCCACCUUAACUUCCACCUAUGAACCUCGUAUCCGCAAGAGGGUUGCUUAAGUGUUUGAUAUUAAUGUUGCUGCUGAUACUGUUUAACAAGCUCCCUUAUAUGGCUCUAAAUAAAUCAGCAUGUGUGUGUGUGUGUUUGUGUGUUGUUGUUGUUGAUUAUCUGUUAUGAAUAAAUGUCGUCAUUUGCCUUGUUA